GAGCAGCCCUCUCUGUGAGCCAAUGGCUGAACGAUUUGGUCCCAACGCCCAGUUUUGGGGAUUAUUUCAUGGGCAAGAAUUCGCGGGACUUUCCUCUCAAAGAGAUUUGUUCUGGAUGAAAACUAGAGACUGGACCCCCGAGCUUGUUGGUGUCUUCCUGUCUGCACUGUAGAAGUUCUCAGGAUGGACUCGUACCUGAUCCAAGUGAAUGGCCGUGGAGACCACACCCCUAUGCGAGAUGUUCAUCUCAAGAGCACUGGGAACACCAUAUCACCUGGGAAGGCAAAGGGCCGGAAGCCAAGAUGGGCUGUCAGGGCUUCUGAAAUGUCAAAGAAGACUUUCAAUCCUGUCCGAGCCAUCGUAGACACCAUGAAGGUGGAACCCAACCCAAAGAAAUCUAUGAUCUCCUUGUCCUUAGGAGACCCAACAGUCUUUGGAAACCUUCCCACAAAUGAUGAGGUCACACGGGCUGUGAAGGAGGUUUUGGACUCAGGACGGUGGAAUGGUUACGCUCCAUCUGUCGGCUACCAGUCCUGUCGGGAAGCUGUGGCUGCAUACUACAACUGCCCAGAGGCACCACUGAAGGCCCAGGAUGUCAUCCUAACAAGUGGCUGCAGCCAGGCCAUAGAGCUUGCCUUGGCAGUACUGGCCAACCCAGGCCAGAACAUCCUGGUGCCACGGCCUGGCUUCUCCCUUUACAAGACUCUGGCAUUGUCUAUGGGGAUUGAGGUCAAACUUUACAACCUCUUGCCAGAGAAGGCCUGGGAAAUUGAUUUGGAGCACUUGGAGUCUCUGGUGGAUGAGAAAACAGCUUGCCUCAUUAUGAACAACCCAUCGAACCCCUGUGGCUCUGUGUUCAGCAAGAGCCAUCUCCAGGAGAUCCUGGCAGUGGCAUCAAGACAGUGCGUACCCAUCCUUGCUGACGAGAUCUACGGAGACAUGGUGUUUGCUGAUUGCAAGUUUGAACCCAUUGCAACUCUCAGCACCAAUGUGCCAAUCUUGUCCUGUGGUGGCUUGGCAAAGCGGUGGCUAGUCCCUGGCUGGAGGAUGGGCUGGAUCCUAAUUCAUGACAGGAGAGACAUCUUUGGUAAUGAGAUCAGGGAUGGCCUUGUAAGACUGAGUCAGAGGAUCCUAGGACCCUGUACACUUGUCCAAGGAGCACUGGAGCGCAUCUUGCGCCGAACACCACCUGAGUUCUACCACAACACCCUAAGCAUCCUCAAGUCCAAUGCUGACCUUUGUUAUGCUGCCUUAUCAGCUAUCCCUGGCCUUCAGCCUGUCCGGCCCUCUGGAGCCAUGUACCUCAUGGUCGAGAUUGAGAUGGAGCAUUUCCCGGAGUUUGAAAAUGAUGUGGAGUUCACGGAGCGACUCAUCUCAGAGCAGUCUGUGUUCUGCCUGCCAGCCUCGUGCUUUGAGUACCCAAACUUCUUCCGAGUGGUGAUCACCAUGCCUGAGGAGAUGAUCUUGGAGGCCUGCAGUCGCAUUCAGGAGUUCUGUGAGAUGCACUACCAGGGUGCUGAGGGAGCCCAGGAUCUGGAGUGCGACAAGUAGCCACAGCUGGCCUCCUGCCUCUGUCCGGCUAGACCUUGUGCGAGGCAGCAGCCAGGCAGGCAAGGCUGCUUCCAGCCAGCCCCACAUCCCCCUGCCUGCAAGCAGCCACUGUCUUGCUGCAUCAAUUUUUGUGCUCCAGAGAGCCUCAGCACUAUGGGAAGAAGAUGCCACUUCCUCUCCUCCUCCACUACAGCCUGCACACCCUCUUGCAUCCAGUCCCCCUGGUCUCCAUAUAGUCAGCAUCUGCACCCUGUGGUGGUCUAUGCUGCCUGUGAACCAGCUGCAGGCAGAGGCAGAAGGCUGUUCCUGGGCCAGCCCCUGUGGCAAAGGCCCCACUGGCCUGUGGCUCCUGUGCUGGCCAUACUUACCCUCAGGCCACUGUCUCAGAGGAUAAGAGAAAAGUACCCACCUCUCAGUUACUUGUGUUACCUUAGGAGGCCAGAGCUCUUUAUACUAAGCCCUUUGUGUGACAAAGGGAGUAAGUUAUUGUAACUUUUUUUAUUAAUAAAGAUUCUGACAUGUCAA